GGUUUUAUCUGCUCAAGCUCGUCAGGCAAAACGUGAAUCUAAUCGACUCCGGACGAAAACGCGGAUCAACAUAGUAAACUCGAAGUGAAAUAACAAGGAUCCUAGAGGGCAGGGCCUAAAGUUUGAGUGGCCUCUCGCCCCAUGUGUACACCUCCUCUACCUCCUGUGCUGAGAGGAUGAGUGCCUCUUGCUGAAGACUGACGGACUGUGAAGAACCUGCCAGCAGAACUGUACAAUAUCAGGAUCCAAGGUGCUUUUGUUCUUCUCCUACUCUUCAUUCCUCUCUCAUUUCUCUCAACGAGAAGAGGUUCUCGAGGUUCCCCGAGAGGGACACGGUAGUCAGAGGUAACCAUGACAAACCCUUGCAAUGUGGCUCUGGAAAUUCUGGGGAUGCUGAUCGGGAUGGGGGGCUGGUUUUGUUCCCUGGCGGCCACCAUUAUGCCUCAGUGGCUGUCGCUUUCUACUGAACUGUUUACCUUGGAGAGCCACGAACAAGGGCUUUGGGAGUCGUGCGUGUUCCACGAGGUGAUUGGCACGGAGUGCCGGCCCUAUGACACUCUCCUAGGCCUCGAUCACAUGUGGAUGCUGGCCCGUGUUCUGAUAUGCCUGUCGGAUGCCACAUGUCUUCUCGGACUUCUCCUCGCCAUCCCUGCCAUGAGUCAGAUCAACUGCUGCAAGAGCGAGGAGGGACGAAGGACCAAGCGAGGUUUGAAGAUCUCGGCUGCUGUGUUUUUGUGCAUCGCUGGAAUGUUGGUGUUCACUCCCGUUUCCUACGUCGCUCAUCAUGUUGUCACGAAGUUCUUCGAUGAGAGCACACCUCACGUGUUGCCCCGCUCAGAGUUUGGGGACGCGCUGUUCAUCGGCUGGUCCGCAGCACUUCUCGACAUUGUGGCAGGGAUCCUGUUAUUUACGUCUUGCAAUGACUCAAGAUACAGUGAAGCACAUCUGGUGUAUCUCCAUCAAAGACAGGACAUCAGAACUGUCGAUGGUUCGAGAAAUCGGACUGAGUAUGUUUGAGAUGAUCCUCGCUGUCCUGAAAUGACUGUUGAUGGGGCAGGGGGAAAACUUUUAUACAGGAAAAAACUUUUUGAAUUUCCCCUCUGGAAAAUGUUUAAUGUAUUGAUCAAUCAAACCAAUGAAACAGGUAAAUAUUAUGUUGCAUUAAUCCUCCAGUAUCUGAGUAUACUGUUUAAUUAUGUCUUAUCAGUGAAGUAUUAAUAUUAAAAGGUUGGCAAUAUGUUUUCUGUUUAAUAGAGAGAGUGAUUGGAAAAAAAGAGACAAUAAUAACAAUAAAAAAACAUCUUCCCAUUUUUUUUGGAAAUGUAAAUAUUGUCUUAGACUAUGUCCUCAACCUAAUAUUAUGCAUACGAUCACACAUGUAGUACAGUCACUUGCAAAUGAUUUAAGUAACUCACUGUUUGGAGAUCAAGUGAACAUACCCUGGAAACCAGCUGGUGCUAAUCCCAAAUAUUGUCUGCUUUAGUUAUAGAAAUACAUCAGACUGAACUCAAAAUUUAUACAUACAAUAUUUUAUGCACUACUUGUGGCAAUUAUAACAGUUACAUGAAGUGAAAACGAUUCAGCAAUAUUAUAAAAUAUUUAAACAAUGAUAUUUUUACCUCAAAGUGUUCCCUUUUCUGCGAUGUAGUUUUUAAUAUAAUUUUGUAUUUAUUAAUGUACUAGUGCUACUGAUGCACCCAUAGGCUAUUCAAUUCAAUAAAUAUAGAAUUCAGCUCUACGUGUUAAAUAUGUAUAAUAUUGCCAGUUUAGAGUAGUCUUUGAGUAAUGAAUUUUAAAAAAAGGUAAAGGGAAAAAAAAACGAGAUUGGGUGUUCUGGUGAUGUGUUCAGUCAGGUGAGCUAAUGGCAGUAAAUGCCUACUUGAGUGUAAUUGUGUGUGAUGGUCUCUCUAUCAGAAUGGAGACUAAGCUGUGUUUAAUGAAGGCUCUAAUGAGCAGCAUGUCCUCUUGAGGAAUGCCAAACAGUGCCACCACCUCCUCUCCAUCAUUACUCUCAUUUGAGCAGGUUAGGAGCUCCUUUUCACUGAAUACUGCAACGGCUCCACCCUGGAGAGAGCUUCAACCAAAUCAUCUUUAAAUGGAAAUGUCCCCAUCUAAUGAUACUUUAUACUACAAGGGGUUAGUGAUAUGAGAAAUCAGAGAUGCAUUAAAAGGUAGUCCAAGCACAAACACAGGAAAUGUGUGACUUACAUUGCUUCGAGUUCGACAUAAUAUAAAUAAUAUGGUAUAUGGACAAAAUGUUCUCAGACUUGAAGGCGCCACAAAGAUUGUGCCCUCAACUUCCUCUGAUGGAUAUUGAUAGUGAAAAUUAAAAUGGGCGGUAUGUUUACACUUAGAUGUUUAGCUAUUAACGCUCAUUUCCAGCUUCUGGUUGGGAGGGGACUUACCCUGGGCUCCCAGAAAGGGGAAAUGGUGCGUCUUCGACUCAUUAGGAACAAUGUCCUCCGAAUGCAGCUCACUGCAAACAAUCGAGAGUGAAAGAAGCUGAUAAACGAACACAUGAAACUAAAUUGUAAACAUUUGAAUAUUGUGGGAUAAACACCAUUCACAAACGAAGUAUUUGUUUAUAAAUAUGUAUAUUAUGUGAUUUUAAGAUUUUUUCUUACAAUAUCUCUUUCUUUAGAGAACAAUAAGCAAAACAAAAACAAAUAUGCUUGCAGGAAAUGCCAUCCAAGCAAUGUCCGAUUCUUUCAGUGAAAAGUAACCGUCAUGAAAAAAC